AUGUCAUGCUCAGAUGAUGACUCAUGCUUCGAUUACGAAGAAUGUGAGGAUGAAGCACUUUCACAGGAAUCUUUCGAUUGCUUACGCCAAGAGAAUGAACUUUUAAAGGCUAAAUUUGAAAAGGCAAUUGAAAUUUCUCAGAAGGUGAAAGAAUUACAAGAACAAAAUACAGAACUCCAAGCCCAAAUAAAGGAUGGACAACGUGAAAAAGAAGAAAUUGAACACCGCCUUGAACUCGCCAAUAGAACAAUCAAGGAGAACGAAGCUCAGCUUGCAAAGCAAAAGAGAAUUGGUGCAGAGCAAGUUGAGGAGGUUACAAAGCAAUUUAAUGCUAAGAUAGCCGCUAUGAAGAAACAAUCUGAUGAUGAGAUUAACUAUUUAACAGAACAGCUUAAUCAACUCUUAACAGAUGCGGAAAAUAAUGAAGUUAAGGAGAAAACCGAGAAGGCUCGCCUCGGAAGACUCUUCCGGUCCGUAAAAAGAUACUUCAACGAAGAAAUCGCAUCAAUUGAAGAUCUUAUGAACCAACUGAACAAAGAACCACAAAAACAAGAGACUACUGCUACCGUUCCACCACCACAGGAAACCAAACCAGUUAAGGAAGUUGAUGAAGCCAAGCUUAACAAGUACAAACAAGCUCUCAAGGAUGCCAACUCCCAAAUUUCUACACUUAAUCAGCAAUUAGCUGAAGCCCAGAAGGUUCUUAAGGAGCAAAAGCGUACUUCUGAAAUGAAGAUCAACAAUCUUACAUCAGAGAUCCAAGAUCACCAACAGAAGUUAAAGGACACAAAAGAGAAGUCCCAAGCUAAGAUCCAGAACCUCGAAGGCCGCCUUGCUAACAUGAAGACCGAAGUAUCUAAAGCUCGCGCAGUUCCUCCAGAGAUCAUUGAUUCCGGCAGAAACUUCUCUGUUUCUCCAAUCAACUCCCAGCAGAACAUUGUCAUUUCUCCACCAGCAGAGCCAAGAAAGGUCUCAUUCAAGGAGCCAUCAACACAAAAGGAACAAAUCAUACAAUCUGUUGACAUGCUCAAGGACAAGAACGCUCAGCUUACAGAGGAACUUACAUCCGCUCUCGAGAGCAACCGCAAGAAAGAGCAGCAAAUCAACCAACUUAACUCCGAGCUCUCCCAAAUUCGUGUCAAUCACAAGAACAACGAAGUUGAAUUAAUUAGUCUCAGAGAAGUUCAUGCUGAAACAGUCCAUGAACUCGAGACACUCCGCGAGACUCUUCAUGCAAGACAAACAGCAAUUGAAGAGACACAGCACCAACUCGAUGAAAAGAAGGAUGAAGAUGAGAAGACAAGAAAGAGAUUCGAAUGUGCAAAGAAGAAAUUAAAUGGUUACAAGUCACAGAACCAGAAACUUCAAGACGACAAAGAAGCUCUCGAAGAGAGAGUUGAUGAACAGAGAAGACAACUCAAUACUGUCACCGAUGCAAAGAACCAGCUCGAGAAGAAGCUCAAGGAUACAACACAAGAAUUGGCCGAAACACAACACAAACUCAAAGGAAUGAAAGUUUUGACAGCAGAAGAUUUACUUCCACCACACAUUUGGGCAAUGAAAGGAGCUGAUGACCAACUUGCUGGACAGAUCAACCGCAUUGCUUGCAAUCCAGCAUUGCAAGUUCCUUCCAAACUCCAAGCUGUUUACCAAGCAAUCGCUGACAACUACGCACAACAAGUUGAAGUUGAAGAAGGAAAAGUCAACGAUUUAGUUGAACAAAUGGAGAAGAACAGAACAAUUAUGAACCAAUUCAUUGUUGAUGCUUCAAUCAUUCUCAAUGGAGAAGCAAUUACAUACGAUGAUCUCAUCAAGAAUGAAACAACAAAGAAGGAAUUCUUGAACAAACUCGGCCAACUUAGAGAAGAUGUCGAUCAAAUCAAGUACGAAAACGAGAAAUUGACAUCAUUCACUAAACUUUAUCAAGAAUGCUUCGGCUCAUCAACAGAAUUGUUAGUCCACGCAACAGAACUCAAGAACAAGUUCACAGAGAAGGACAACAAGAUUGCUAAACAACGCAGCUGCAUCCACAAACUCAAGGCCGCUCUCAAGGAACACGAUGAAACAACAGAACAAGUUUUACUUGAGAAGACUGAUGAGAUUGCUGAUCUCAAGGCACAGCGCGAUGAGUUAGCAAACAAGCUCAACCAGAUCGAUUCCAAGUACAAGUCUGCAAAGGAAGACAUGAAUCAGUUAGAAGUUGCUUUGAUGGCUGAAAAGACAGAACGCGAAAACUUCGAAAACAUGAUGCAGGAGAACCAUUCCAGAAUGAUCGGAGAGUUGGAUACAAACCACAACAAACAAGCCCAAGAGCACGAAGUUGAGAAGAAACAGUUACUCGAUGAAAUCGAGAACAAGAAGCUCAAGAUGAAUGAUCUUCGUAGCGAAUUAGAGAGGAACAAACAACAGCUCAGAACAAUGACACAGAAAUACGAACAAUUGAAGAGACAAAUGACCGCAGAAGAUGAGAAAUACGACCAGGACAAGAAGCAAGUCCAGGCAGAGCACGAGAAGGAGAAGGAGUUCAUGAAGACAACAUUCCAGAACUCACUUGAUGAGCUCAGAAAGCAAUGCGAGAAACAUCGUGAAGAUGUUAAGUUGCUUUCUCAGAAGCUCAAUGAAGAAGAAAUCGCAAAGAACGAAUUGAAGCAGAAAUUGCAGGCAAUCACAAAGGAUAAGAGCAAACUCAAGAAGCAGAUUAAGACACUUAAGGAUGACAAUGAACGUCAACUUAAGUUAACAAUGAUCGAAGCAAGAAAUAAGAUUAAUGCUUCCGAAGCUCCAAUGCUGAAGAAGAUUGAUGAGGAAAGGUCUAAGAGCGAGAACGCUAAGAAGGCUAUCUACGCUUACAUCAAUGACAAUCUUGGCGACUACACAGGUAAUGAUGUCGUUGAUGACCUCUCAUUCAGAUCUGGCGUACAGAAAGUUAAGACUUAUCUCGGCAAGUUGACUUCUUCUGAUGAUACAGUUCGCAAACUCGUUCAUGCUAGAGAAGGACAGGAAACUGCUGAUGCUGUCGCUCAGAUGUUAAUCUAA